AUGGCGGGAGAUAAGGAUGGCAUGAACGAGGCCAUGGACAGCCUCAUGAGAGCCCACGGCUGGCGCUUCACUCUGCACGUCGACGACAAGGUCCACUUCCUCGGCUACAGCAAGCAAUUCGAUACCACGAUCGACCGGCUGUCUUGCGACCUUCAGCCACUGCACACCUUCACAAGAGCGUGGCGUGAUCGCCUCAAAGCGGGUUCCAAGGUGGAAGUGAGGGCAAGGGGCGCGUUCGAGAAUGACGACGCCAUUAACCAUGUCGAUGCUGCCCGCAGCAAGUGUGUCUGGGAAGAGGGUGUCGUGGUUCAGAUAGGCAGGGAAAUCGCGGGGGAUGAUGCUGGAGAGGAUGCCGACGGUGACGAGACGAAGCAGCAGGAAGACGAACAGAUCGAGCCUUCGCGUAUGGCGCUGGUGGCGGUAAUGGCGAGCAGCAACACGAACGCGAAGAAACAAUGGGUUAACUUCGAUGGCGAAGAUGUAUGUCAAGAAGGAACGCACCUUUCGGGCAGUGUAGCGGACAGCAGCGGCAAGAGGGAUAUGAUCUCCCCAUCUGUGCCUAUGUCUACAUCUUCUCCAUCUCCACCUGCUGGGUCUGCACCUCCCUCGUCAGUGGCUGCCUUCACCGAGAGGACAUCAUCCCGGUGCUACGACACUGAUGAUGCAGCCAGCUUUGCGAAGCGGGUUGCUCUCGUGGGGUCCAGUGGGGGUGGGGCUGCGGCUCAAGGGCAAUUCGAUGGCCCAGCGCUUCUGCGGUUGGCCAAGAAGGAACUAGAGAGAGCUGGCAUCCACCUUGCCGCGGUGCAGUUUGUUGCUUGCGCGGAGCCCCUCGAUCUCGCUAACCCCAGCUCUGCGGCAACGCUAUGGGUGGCUGGGACGGGCGAAGGCGAUGAAGCUCUCGUCGUUGCAGCAGAAGGAACCCUGUUGGAUGUCAACAUGGCUGCAAGAAAGGAGGAUGUCAAGAUUGCAGCAGCCUUGCGGGAGGGCUGCGGUCGACAUGACGACGCUCCCACACAAUCGCCCCGCGGUGCCAAUACAGCAACAUCGCCAAAGAUGCUACCGUUGCAUGGGCUGGUGGCGAUAUCGUGCGACGUCCACGGUGUCAACAGCGAAGCCUUCACGGCGGCCAGGGGUUGCCGAGCGCCGGUGGUAGGCACUGGAGGCACCUCGUUGGGCGCGGCGUUGGCCAUGGGCUGCCUUCUGGUCGGGUCCAGCGGGGGCUCUGUUGCGACAACGAACAAGUCGAAGGUUGUUUCCUAUGCCGCCGGCUUGGCGGGACACUGGCGACUCCGGUACGACUCCGCCAAGGAGCUGAUGCAACCGCUCGCACCCGCCGCCACGUUCGCCGGAUGUCUUCCUGUCCAAAUCGGGUACGCUACUGGCUGCAGCGGGAGUAGUUCAUGA